AUGACAGCUCCAUCAGAUCUCCCACCCAUGGAGUAUCGCUUUCUUGGUCGUUCUGGCUUGCAAGUCUCGGCUAUUUCGCUUGGUGGCUGGCUCACCUAUGGCGAAAAGACGUUUGCGUGCAUGAAAGCUGCGUACGAUGUGGGCGUGAACUUCUUCGACUGCGCCGAGGGAUAUGCCGGGGGUGAGUCGGAGAGAGUCAUGGGCGAGGCCAUACAGAAAUUCGGCUGGAAGCGUAAUGAUCUCGUUAUCUCCACCAAGAUCUACUGGGGUACGGCCAACGGUGAUCGGCCUGAGAAUAACCGGGGUCUUUCCAGAAAGCAUAUCAUUGAGGGGACAGAUGCUUCGCUGAAGCGGCUCCAGCUUGAGUAUGUCGACCUACUAUACGCACACCGUCCAGACCGGCAGACCCCCAUCGAGGAGACAGUCCGGGCCUUCAACCACCUGAUUGACAUGGGCAAAGCUCUAUACUGGGGCACCUCUGAAUGGAACGCCGACGAGAUCGCGCAGGCCUGGCGAUACGCAGACAAGCUCGGACUCAUCGGCCCUCUCAUGGAGCAGCCUCGCUACAACAUGCUCGAGCGCGAAAAGGUCGAGACCGAGUACCACCAGCUGUACCGUGAGGUCGGCCUGGGCCUGACCGUAUUCUCGCCGCUGCGCCAAGGCAUCCUCAGCGGCAAGUACCGCGACGGGGUGCCGCCUGACAGCCGCUUCGCCCGCGAGGACGUCGAGUUCAUCAAGGGCUUCUGGCAGCGCACGGGCAAGGCCAAGUGGGACGGCAUCAUUGCCCAGGUCAACGAGCUCCAACCCAUCGCCGACCGCCUCGGCAUCAAGCUGAGUACCCUCGCCCUCGCCUGGGUCCUGAGCAACCCCAACGUCAGCAGCGCCAUCACCGGCGCUAGCAGUCCCGAGCAGGUGUACGAAAACGCCCUGGCCGUCGGUGCCGUGGGCAAGUUGACCCCGGAGAUCCUGGAGCAGAUCGACGGGGUACUGAAGAACAAGCCGCCGGCUAUUACAGAGAGAUACUAG